AUGGAUAGUAGUGCCUUUGACUACCUUCAGGGCCUCCUCCCCGAUCCGGUCCUGACGCUCCUCGAUGAGCAUGUGGUGCGUUCCGACGCGCCGCUUCACCUGGUGACACGCGCCGUCGCCAGCCAGCUGACCGCCGCUGCCUCUGCGACCGCUGCUGCCGCCCAGCCGUACACCGCCUCCAUGACGGCGCGGCUCGUCGCCGCCGUGACGCCGCUGCUAGACCGCGCCGCUCGCGCUGCCUAUGAUGCGCCCGAUGUCGUUGUGCUGGGUGCCGUCUUCGUCCUGCUUCUCUUUGUCCUGCGUCUGCUCUCGCUGGUCCGCCGCCUGGUCGCCUGGUGGACGCGCAUGCUCUUCCGUCUGCUCUUCUGGUCCGGUGUCGUCCUUGUCCUGGCCGCCAUGUGGCAGCGUGGACUCGAGCAGUCAACCCAGGAUGCCGCCGCGCUGACCGGCCGUCUUGUGGGCUAUGGCGCCUUUGUGCGCGACGUCUGGCAGUCCGAGUACCACCGCUACCAGCAGCAGCAGGUCCAGGCCCAGGCCCAGACUCAGGCCUACCGCGUGCCGUCAGGAAGCGUUGGCGCCAGCCCCGGCAGCAGCUGGUCUCGCCAGUGA